AUGGCCGAUGCAAGCUCACUCGCAAGCUGGGUGUCGGAAGUGGCGACGCCCGCGACACAACGGUCGUGGAGUCUAACACACGGCAGCCCGUGCACAGCAAAUAGUACAUUCGCAUCUGACAGCGCGAUUGGCUACGAAGACGGAUUGGAGAUUGUUGCAGGAAACGCCGACGAAUGGCUCUACUACGAUUCUCGAUACAGAGUGCUCGUCUGCCGGUAUCACGGAUACGCUGUCCGGAACUUGGCAACGCAUCUAAGGCUGCAACAUAAAGUCCGAAGCUCUGAGAGGGCCGCAAUAGAAAAGAAGUUUGGCGCUUGCGAAUUGCUGGAACCGGCACAAGUCACGACACCGCCGACGCUUCAGGCACCGUUAGACUGGCUUGGGGCGCCGAUGCGAGGAUAUCUGUGCGACGAACCCGGGUGUAGCAAGAUCUCGAUAAGCCGUGAUGAGAUCAGAAAGCACUGUUACAAGGAGCAUGCAUGGAAGUCGAAUGUCGACGACCCGGAACACUGGCAUGCAGUAUACGUACAGACGAUGUUUCAAUCGAAAGCGCAUCGCCGGUAUUUCGUGGUCGACUAUCACGACGAGAGCGUACGGGAAGCGGAGCAGUCGAAGGACGGGAUGAGCUCGCAGAGUCAGCAAGUUAUAGAAGAUUGGGACCGGCGUCUGGAACAGCAAGAAGAAGCAAUGCAGGUGGCCGAAGCUACUAUGGCAAAAACCGAUCACACACUAUGGUUCAAACGCAACAAAUGGCCGCAACAUCUAGCAAAAAGCAAUUUGCGGCAUCUGAGCCGUGCUUGUUGUUUACCGGGCCGAGACGAAGGAACACUCGAAGAUGUACCGAAGCGGGUUGAAGGUUUAGUUGAAGAGUGCGUCAAAGGACUGCCGACACUCGGGCAUGUCAUUAGGCGGUGGCUACGAAGCGCAAAGGCAUCCGAACCGGACGCACGACCGAUGGCAAGACUACAGAAUGAAGACAGUCAGAAGCGAUACGCCGGUUACAUGACCCGAUUCGUUUGCUAUACACUUCGAGUGUGGGAAAGCUGUGAGGCAACAGGCUUGCGAAGUGGAGAGGAGGAAGAUGGAGAGGAUGAAGAUGGAGAGGAGGAAGGUGGAGAGGAGGAAGGUGGAGAGGAUGAAGAUGGAGAGGAGGAAGGUGGAGAGGAGGAAGGUGGAGAGGAUGAAGAUGGAGAGGAGGAAGGUGGAGAGGAGGAAGGUGGAGAGGAUGAAGAUGGAGAGGAGGAAGGUGGAGAGGAGGAAGGUGGAGAGGAUGAAGAUGGAGAGGAGGAAGGUGGAGAGGAGGAAGGUGGAGAGGAUGAAGAUGGAGAGGAGGAAGGUGGAGAGGAGGAAGGUGGAGAGGAUGAAGAUGGAGAGGAGGAAGGUGGAGAGGAGGAAGGUGGAGAGGAUGAAGAUGGAGAGGAGGAAGGUGGAGAGGAGGAAGGUGGAGAGGAUGAAGAUGGAGAGGAGGAAGGUGGAGAGGAGGAAGGUGGAGAGGAUGAAGAUGGAGAGGAGGAAGGUGGAGAGGAGGAAGGUGGAGAGGAUGAAGAUGGAGAGGAGGAAGGUGGAGAGGAGGAAGGUGGAGAGGAUGAAGAUGGAGAGGAGGAAGGUGGAGAGGAGGAAGGUGGAGAGGAGGAAGAUGAUAUAAGAGGUGCAACAGGAUCUAAUACGAUCAGCGGAUCGACGGGCAGUGGCAUACGCGAAAUCGACACGAUGGAAGAUGCUCGAAGAUUAUACCCGUGGCCGAGCGGCUUGUACGAGAUCGUGGGUCGGCUUUGGAGAGCGCUGUCUCCGUCGCGCCGCACUGGGUCACCGGAAAUGGUCAUGCUGGAGUUUUUCAGGCAUGUUCUAUUUCAGCAUGUAAGGGUGGACGUCUUCGAGAGCCCGUUGUUGCACUUUCUGGCGGUGCUGGGUAUCGAUGAAGAGACACACAGAUUGCGCGAAGGCAACGACUUUUCGUUCAUGCUGGCUGGGAUCGUCUACAGUUGCCGAGUGCUGGGCGUCGAGAUCAUUCUCCCGAAGACAUUUCGAAGGGGAGAGACGGCAGAAGACGACGAGCGAUUUCUCGAACUGCGACUUAAACAUCUCGCCGACGGAUCGUUCAGCCCGAUGGCAGAGAUGAUCAGCUUGUUGGCGUAUAGCCGGCACUGCGCGUUCAAUCACGCAAAUGCCGGAGCGGUUUCUUGGUCGCUUGAUGGCAGCACAAUUGCAUACAGAGGUCGGAAGAUCCCGCUCGCGAGGGUCAGAAAGCUUGUUGACGCAGUGGUGACCGAGGCCGAGAAUAUACUAUGGCGAGAUGUACUCUGGCAGGUCGACUCCGAGCGGUUCGAAAUCCCCGUGGAUGCGCUAGAGGACGACGUCACGUUCACGCGCAGGGGCUACUCGUUUCUAAACAACGCACACAAUGGGCUCGAGGACACACGGGCGUGGAUGCUGGCACAGAUGGAAGCACACGUCGAGGGCAGGAAGCUUCUGCGGAGAGGGCGCUGGCAACGUCGUGAGACACGCAAGUAUCUGCGUCGGGUAGAUCAUUUCCGAGAGCUACUAUUGCUUUGCGUACACUGGACUGGCGGACAGCCGGCACGUGGCACGGAGAUCACGUCUGUCCGGUACAAGAACGGAUACAUGCAAGAUCGCAACGUCUUCGCGGUUCACGGGCACAUGGCCGUAGUGACACGGUAUCACAAGAGCGCGUCGCAGUACGAUCAACCGAAGGUCGUCCCGCGUUUUCUCGCUUGGCGUGUUGGGCAGCUCAUGGCUGUGUACUUGGCGUACGCACGCCCGCUGCAAGAGCUGCUCGCCGGAGUGGUGAACGGACAGAUGGCGAGCGAGUACAUCUGGUCGGGCGAGCACGGCCCGUGGGAGACGGACAGACUCACGAGGGUCAUGAAACGUGAGACCGGCCGUCAUCUCGGCGUGGAGCUCACAACGCACAGCUACCGGCAUCUUGCGAUCGCGAUCGGCAGAAAGGUGAUCGGAGAGCAGUUCGCGAACGGAUAUCUAGGAGACGUCGACGACUUUGACGAGCCGGAGGAGGAGACGGACGAUUCGCUUGAGAUGCAGGCUGGCAGAGGUGGUGAGGUGGGAGCGAAGCGAUACGGGGUGUCGAUGGAUAUCAUCAAGAAUCUGAGCAGCCGCUCGAUCGACACGUUCCGACCGCUCUGUCAACAGUGGCAUCGAUUCUUGGCUUUGGAGAGCUGUCGAGCGGAGGGCGGCACGAAACGUAAGCGGCAAGAUGAGCAUGAGGAUGGCGACGUUGGGAGAGAGCCCCGGACCGACGUACUCGCUGCAUUCAAGCGAAUGAGGCGCAAUUGGCAAGGGCGUUGUCCGAGAGAAGAUGACGGUCAAGAUCGACUCCGAAGAGCAAUGCAGAAGGCUCUCUGCAAAUCAGACGUUUCAUUCCGCUCGGAGACGCAGAGGGAAGCGCUGGAGACGAUCGUCGAGGGUGGACGCCGGCCGCUGGUGGUGGUGAUGCCGACCGGUGGCGGGAAGAGUCUGCUCUUCACCGCGCCCGCGUGUCUCGACAGCACCGGGGUGACGAUUGUGGUGGUCCCGUUCCGUGCGCUCAUCAACGACUUGGUCGAGAAAGCGAAAAAAGCCGGCAUCGACAGCGUGGAGUGGCGGCCCGGCGAGGUCAAUCCGGCGACGAUCGUGUUCGCUAGCGCAGAUCUCGUCGACGGCACGAAUCUCUUGGGCUACGCACAGCAGCUGUUGGAUAGCGGCCGGCUUCGACGGAUCUUUAUCGACGAGUGUCAUCUGAUCUUCAAGGAGAAUCACUGGCGAGCAAAGCUAGCCCGUCUGAGCUGUUUGCGAGGAGUGGAUUGUCCGAUAGUGUUGCUGACGGCGACGCUGCCGCCGCGAAUGCAGUUCGAACUCGAGCGUUGCAUGGCGAUCGAGUUCUGCCGCUACAUCCGCGCCGAUACGACGAGGGAGCGAACGAGAUACAUGGUCGAAGAAUGCAAGCCGGGCAAGCUCGAGCGCAGAGCGAUAGAGAUAUGUCACAGCUGGGUCGAAGCAAACCGAGUCGAAGCAAGCCGGAGGAGCAAAGGCGUGGUCUACUGCCGCAGCCGCGCAGAGUGUGAGACACUGGCCGACGAGCUUGGAUGCGCUUACUAUCACGCAGAAGCGGACGGUCGAGAGGAGAGGAUUUUUGACUGGGCAGAGCGUGGCGGGCUGAUAGUCGCUACAUCUGCGCUCGGGACGGGCGUCGACUUCCCGGGUAUCACGCUCGUUCUACACGUGGACAUCCCGUGGGGCAUGAUUGAUUUCGCGCAAGAAUCAGGGCGAGCUGGCCGAGCGGGAGAAGACGUGGAUUCCGUGAUAGUCAUCGAAAAAGGACGGAUCGACCGCAUGCGACACAAGAUGCAAAACCCGGACGAGCAAGCUAUGCUGGACUUCGUUCGAGCUCGGGGCUGUAGGCGGAAGAUAAGCGGCAGUUUUUUGGAUGGUAUGGAGCACGACUGUGUCUCCGACGAGCGCGGAUUGGCCCGCUGCGACAACUGCGGUGACGGAUGGACCGCUCUCGAGCGAAGACAAAGGCAGACGAGCGAGACGAGAGCGAGGGUGGAGCGUGUUCUGAGCGAGCUCGUCGACGAUUGCCCGGUAUGUUGGGUCGAAGAACGAGUGUCUUGCAACAGCCGGGGUGCGAAUCUUCCGCGGCAGGUCAACGCAUCGACGGUGGCAGGCACAUGCGGCUUUGAGGACGGGGUGGGCGAUUCCGCGAUGCUCAACAUACGCUUCGACCGAGACACGCACAGCUGUUUCCGAUGUGGGUUGAGUCAAAAGUUCUGUAACACCGGACAGUCGACAGGUGCGGAGUGUCAGUGGCCGAACAUCGCCGCUCCGAUGCUGCGAGCAAUCCGUCAGACGAGAAAGGGCGCCGAGAUUCUGGAGGGCUGGGAAUUCUCUGGCGAAGAGGCGGCAGAUGGGCAGGAUGGAGGAUAUGUCACAUGGCUCGGACGCCGGCACGCGCGACGAGUGCUAGGGGAGGUGGUAAGCAACGGCUUCGCUCUUCUCGUCGAGUUCAUCUCACAGCAGCACCGGGAGAUGGCAGGGGCAGACAACACGAGUGAGACAGAAGGGCAGGCGGAAGACACUGGGGAUGAAGUGACAAUCACGCCGGCGCCGGCACCGGAGGCAUCAUGGAAGGGCUCGUCGAGCGGGCAAGGGCAAGGAGGCAACGGCGAUAUGCGCUCUCUCGAGUCGGAUGAAAUAGUGCGGCGGUGGGAGCGGGGCUGCGUCGUGUGUCGCGCGAGAGGCCGUGACCGGACGGAUCACGCAUGGCAGGACUGUCAAGUCGACGCAGAUCACACGGAAGCAGCACACGAGGGGGUGAGGCUCAUCAACAGUCUACAAGCGCCGCUCAGGACGACCGGAUUUCGCUGCUGGGCAAAAGGCAAGAGAUGUCGUUGCUGGAUGGAAGGAAGACGAGGUGGGUGUUCGGGCAGUGCCGUCAUUUGCUCAAUCGUCGGUGCGUUGCUCUACGUAGGAGGGCUGGAGGUUCGCGAAUGGGUGCAGGCGCAGGAAGCGUUCACACAGGCGAUUAAGGAAGGCAAGAGCGCACAAGCUGGGCUAGAGAAAUUCUUAUCGACUAAGGGCACGUACGGCGGACAGAAGUGUGCUGGAGUAGACGCAUUGAUAGUCAAGUGGGGCAUAUAG